AUGAGAAACCAUUCAGCAGUAACAACGUUCAUCAUACUGGGUUUGACAAAUGACCCACAGCUAGAGAUUUUGGUUUUUAUCUUUUUGUUUAUCACAUAUCUGUUAAGUGUAAUUGGGAAUCUGAUCAUAAUUUCUCUCAUCUUCAUGGAUUCUCAUUUAAAAAUAGCUAUGUAUUUUUUUCUUCAGAAUUUCUCUUUCUUAGAAAUCUCAUUCACAACUGCCUGUGUCCCCCCAUACCUGUACAUCAUAUCAAGUGGGGACAGAACCAUCACCAUCAAGGCUUGCUUCAGCCAAAUCUUUUUUAUUGUCCUCUUCGGAGCUACAGAAUUUUUUCUCUUGGCUGUGAUGUCUUACGACCGCUACGUGGCCAUCUGCAAACCCCUGCAUUACGUGACCAUCAUGGACAGCAGAAUCUGCAGGAGUCUCAUCCUCUGUUGUUGGGUAUCUGGCUUAUUGAUUAUCCUUCCACCCCUUGGUUUGACCCUCCAUCUGGAAUUCUGUGACUCUGUUAUUGACCAUUUUGUCUGUGAUGCUUCUCCGAUACUGAGGAAUUCAUGUUCAGAUACUUGGUUCAUAGAGCAGCUGGUUAUAGUCUGUGCUGUGUUGACCUUCAUAAUGACCCUUAUCUGUAUAGUUCUUUCAUACAUAUACAUCAUUAGGACAAUUCUAAGAUUACCCUCCGUCCAGCAAAGGAAAAAAGCCUUUUCCACCUGUUCUUCCCACAUGACUGUGGUUUCCAUCACCUAUGGCAGCUGCAUAUUUAUGUACAUCAAACCUUCAGCUAAGGAUGAAGUGGCCAUUAAUAAGGCUGUUUCUCUGCUCCCUAUAUCUGUUGCCCCUUUGCUGAACCCCUUCAUUUAUACCCUGAGAAAUAAACAAGUAAAGCAGUCUUUUUGUGAUGUCCUUAAAAGACUUGCAUUUCUUUCACAGAAAUAUUAG